AUGGAGAAACGAAGGCGAAGAACGGCGACUAUCACUGAAAUGAAGGCGACUAGAUCUGACGAAGGCGAAGAACGGCGUCCGACUGAAACGAUGGCGAAUCAAAGGCGACUAGCGCAACGAAGACGGACGUGGGUGAACAGGGGAUUGUGCUUCUAUCCAAAUGGAAAUAAGAAAAGAAACAGUGAUGGUCACAUCUCGCUCUACCUAGUAAUAAGGGAUACAGACAAACUUCCUCAGGGUUGGGAGGUUAACGUCCAGUUUAAAUUCUUCGUCUUUGAUCAUAUAAGGGACAAGUAUUUAACCAUACAAGAUUCUGAUAGUAGAACAAGGCGUUACCAUCAGAUGAGAACUGAAUGCGGUUUCUCUAAGUUACUUUCACUGGAUACAUUCGAGGAAUCAACCAAUGGAUACCUCCUUGAUGAUUCUUGUUUACUUGGAGUGGAGGUUUUCGUUAUUAGAUAUGCCGGCAAAGGAGAGUGUCUAUCCAUGAUAAAGGAGCCUGUGGGCAAUACUUACACGUGGAAGGUUGAUAAUUUCUCAGCAAUUAGUAUGCAAUGUCUUCACUCCAAGGAAUUUAAUAUCGGGGGACAAAAUUGGAAGCUAUUGUUGUAUCCCAAAGGAGUUGCCAAGGGAAAAGGCAGAAGUCUAUCCCUCUAUCUCUCAGUCGCUGAUUGCGAAAAGCUUCCUCUUAACUGGAAAAAAUAUGCCAGAUUUAAGCUGCGGGUGAGGAACCAGGUCGGAGGUGUUCACAAGGAAAGAGAAGCUCACAACUGGUUCUGUGCCUAGAGGAAGCAAUGGGGUUACUCAAUCUUUAUGUCGCUGAGUGAUUUAAAUGACAAAUCCAAAGGCUUCAUGCUGAAGGGGACU